AUGAUUAUUUCUAUUGCGAAGAUCCCCAUGAUUCUGGUGCAGGAGGUUGGGAUCCCGACGAGGACUUUUUACCCAGGGCUUUAUUCAUCUUUGACUAUAACCAUCAACCAAAAUACUUUCGAAGCCUUUUACGAGAUCGAUCUCCGGGACCACGGCACAGAAACUGAGGACCCGGCUAUCAAUCGACUUUGGCAAUGUCACAAGAACGGAGAACACGUUGUACUUUUAAUCCUUCUAAGAAAAUUUGCCAGGCUUAAGAUCAAAGGCACACACGAAGUGAUUGAUGGCGUCCUUUUUUAG